AUGGCGUCAUCACAACAGCUUCCCGUGAGGAAGCAACAGGACCUUCAGACCACUUACUCCAACUACAAGAACACACUGCAGCAGAUUGCCUCAAAAAUCGGUGAUAUUGAGCAGGAGGCAGAAGAACACAAGCUUGUACUUGAGACUUUGGAGCCUCUUUCGGGGGAUCGAAAGUGUUUCCGUUUGAUCAACGGAGUGCUCGUGGAGAGGACGGUCAAGGAUGUCGUGCCAGCACUCAAGACAAACCAGGAGGGACUGAAGAAAGUCCUCGAUGAUUUGGUUAAACAGUACAAAAACAAGCAAGAUGAAUUAGACAAGUGGAAGGUUCGUAUUCAACCUGUCCAAAUCCUUUUCAAGGUUCAACGGAAAGCUAACCUCUCUUUGCCAAACCAACAGAAGAAGAACAAUGUUCAGGUAGUACAGCAAUGA